AUGCCACAGCAGGAGGAGCACGAGGAUGAGGAGGCAGCUCCUUCGACAGAUGCUGAGCCGCCUGCUACGAUUUAUCAAGCACUAAAUGACCUCAAGCGCCUGCUCAGCAUCAAGGAGUAUGAGCCAGAUGGCAACUCCAUGGAGCUCACGAUACUGAUGCACAUAGAAAGAAGCCUCCAGCAGCAGGUAAAGCUUAAUAGAAGUCAAGAGACAUUAAAUGGCUGGCUUACAUAA